UAAAAAAACAAAAAAAAAACAUUAUUUAUUUUUAAUAUUCCACGGAUAGGAAGUACAUCCACGAUAGCUAGGUAAGUUAAUAUAUUUAUAUAUAUACUUAUCGUUGUUCUGGUUAAUAGCCUAAUAUUACACAGAAAGGAAGUAUGUUUACGAUAUCAAGGUAAACUUAUAUGUGCUUACUGUUGUCAUGGUUAUAAUAGCUUAUACAACACCUAAUUACGACUUAUUUCUAAUUAGUUAAUAUUUAUUACCAGCAAAUACGAGCACAUACAACGAUUACGAUAUACGUAAUUUAGAAAUACAAUAGACAUACAAAAAUCUGUGAUUCCGAUUUACCUGAAAUAUCCUAUCAUGUCACAGACGAAGGUUAUACAAGAAAAUGGAUUAAUAUUAAAAUAACGGGAUACGAACCAGUAGCAUCUAAGGAAAGAUAACAAUAACCUUCUACAUCCAACAAAAUGAUAACAAACCGACUAGCGUCGGUCAGCAUAAACUGGAUGCUUGUUUUGUUAUCCAAAUAGUUUAUUGAUUCAAGCCUUCUCGUGUAAUGAAAAUAUGUAUCAGAUACAUGAAGCCAUCACACAGUUGUCACUAAGUGUUUAUAUAUAUUGUCUUACUUUGUUAUGUAUACUAGAAAACCAUACGACUAUAUAAUUAAAGUAUAUUUACAGGCUAUAUUGUAGCUUCUUCAUUAGUUUUCUUUGGCCUAGAGAAUGUUUCUUUCAUCACGGAAGUGUUGUUUCUGAUCACGAAGAUGAUUCAGAUAGAAAUAAUAUUAAUGCAUGUGUUUAAAUUGAAGAAUUCACAGUACCAAGAACCAGAAGAUGAGAAAAAUUUGAAGCUUAAAAGAAAUAUUUGUUUUCUAGGCUGGCGAUGUUGGUAAAAUAGACUAUAUAAGCGAAAAGCUCUUAAUGUAAACAUUAGUUUUGUCCUUCAACGCCGGAGGCUAUACAAAUUCAAUCUCCAAACGCGGUAAGCCAGCUAAUACUUAUUUUGACUUAUUUAGUUUUGUCAUCUUGCAAUCAAAGAAGGCAAGUAAAGCGAAGUUCAGAUGUAAUUGAAAGAACAGAUUUGCUGAGCUCCACUAAAUCCAUGUGCCCAACACACAAAUAUUUUCCAAUGUGCUUGUCAGCUUAAUCCUGAGAUCCACUGCGGUUACGUUGCUCCAAGGAUCAAUACAACGCUUCUCUCUCUUAAGUAUGUGUUGCGUAGGACUCUUCUUGAUGGAGAUGUUUUGGUUUUAUUUUAUACCAUAAGGUGUGAACGAAAACACGCUUUUUCUCUUUCUUCAAACGGUCACUCGUUGUUUUAAAUUUACGUAUUAAACCACUAACUUAUUAUCCUAAAUGAAAAAAAAAUCUUAUUAAAGUCAGUUUAUUUACACAUAUAUUGCUUUCACUCAAUCAUCAAGCUCACACUAUUAAAUUCCAAUUACACAAAAUAUUACUACACUAGUCAGCCAUACCGAGGUCAACAGAUUCAAACUACCGGCCAUGAUAUCAUUUUUCUCGUACUUGCGAAGGUCAGCCUGCGUUCCCAGCGUGCUUUGCGCCUCAACUCAUGUCUGUUAACAACACUCGAUUCGCUCAGAUGUCGCCCGACGGAUCACAGGAGAUGAACUGAAGUGGGUAAGUGAUCAUGGCUUCGUGCAACCAGAGCUAUCUUGUUAGACGCAACUCCUCUCGUAAAAACAGUCAUUCAUUGGAUUCUGAGUCAGCUGACAAUAACAGUUAUGUACAAGUGCUAAUUAAGCCUCUUGAAGGAGAGAAACAUAGCAUUGUCCUUAGCUGGUUGGGCGUAUCAAAUCUCGAACUGUUGCCGGAGCGCGCGGCGAUCGUGUACGGCGCGAGUGCCGUAGUUUGUUGUUGUUUGGCGUACACUGUUUUAGCUUGUGAUGUAGUUAACUUGUUUCAGCGUUUUUGUAAGUUCGCGGUUCCCAUUUUUUCGGUAGUCUGCGCGCAUUACCUGUUAGCUUUGUACACGCGGAAAAAAAUCAACGCUACAAGUUUUUAUUUCUUAUUUUGUGCAAGCUUUCUAGGUGAAAUUGUUGGACAGUGUAUUUGUCAAGACUAUGAUAGCCUGGUUGAUUCGGAAACUCCUGUCACUGGACCAGAUUCGGCUAAAGGCUUAAGUCUUACAGCUGUAAGCCAACUUCUGAUUUACGUGACGUUGGUGGCAGGAGCUGCCUCCCUAGCCAACCUUCCAGGGCGGCUGAGUGUUAAAGUAGUCUUGUUCUUUACCAUCGUGCGAAUUUUGUUUCUGUCAUGUCUGUCCGAACUGCCUGCGUACGUAAUCCCUUUCUUGUCCAACGUAUGUGGACUGUUUGGCGUUUUACUGGCCAAGCAUACCGAAACAACGCUGCAUCCUCCUAUUACAACUGUCGUCACCCAGGAUGGGAGAAUUCUAGCUGUUCGUCGGCGUCGGACCUCCAGCUAUGCCGGACUGCACGUCGUAGGUCACGGGAAACCCAGACGAACCUCUCUUCCAGCCCUUUCUCGGUAUCACUAUGGGCAGAGUUCAACUUCUACUGUGGAUGUGGCCCUGCUGGCUGAGGCCCAUGGGAUAGUAACCGAUAUGCUGGCUGAUUCUAAUCUUCCUCCUCACGUUAUCAGUGGCCUCCGGGCUUUAGCUUCCCUUCUGUCUCCUCCUAACCAUGGACCCCAUCAACCUAGACAUAGGCCAGGAAGCGCUAGUGUCGCACUGACAGACUUUAACUCUGGAUCUGAUACAGAAGAAAUACCUUAUACCGGAGAAAGACCUCCUGCAGUACCAAAGCGAUUAAGGAAAAAUCUGCCACCUAGUCUACUACGCCGGAUGUCAACUAGCACAUGGACCACUACAACUUCCGCCACUGGCAUGCCUACCCUCGAACCCGAACCCAACCGUAAACGUAGUACCAGUUUCAGAUAUCCUGCUGAAUCAAACAACCAGGGAUCUACAGCUUUAGGUGGAUCUAUAUCGGAAAAUUCCUCCGUUUGUGGAAGAUCAGGCCGAUCAAUUAGUCCUAGCCAGCCUACAGCGGAGGCGUGUUUUCCCAACAAAGCUCGUUCCUACUCCACAACAUCAGUUCCAGCCUGUGCUGCAGAAUGUCUGGAGAAACAGGCCAAAAGAGAGAGAAAGACUGUUUGCAGCCUGUAUCCUCUAUCACCAGCAGAUAUCGCUACUCUUCACGAUACACACGACAAAGAGAAUACCGCUAAAAAUACAGCCGUUAGUAACUCUCAUGAUGGUCAAGACGUCGAUAACGAGAAUGCAGAAAACGAAUUACGAGACGAAGAGGCAAACAGGCCUCUACCGCCUUUGCCGUAUAUUCGCAGAAUAAAUAUUACGUCUGAUUACGAGAGUAGUAAUGAUUCUCCUAGUAGCAGUGACAAUAAUGAUGCUGGAAAUGUCCUGGAGGAUUCUGUAGGAGUCAUAGGAUCAACACAAUCACGAAAUCGCGUUCCUAGAUCGUUAGGUGCUCAAAUAACAGCACCCAGCGAGAUUUCCCGAUGUAGCUUAUGUGGCGCUCGAGUUCGAAUUGGCGGAACAAAGGAUAUGAUUCGAUCACCAGGAUUGGUUGUUAUCCGUGAUGAUGUAACACCUGUACCAUCGGAGAGCGGAAAAAAGUCUCCAAUUCUUCUAGACGAGACAAUACCAGGAAUCCUGGUCGAUAGUGUAAGGUACGAUCUCGAUUUCCUGCAGUCUGACCAGCUCCUAAAUCGAAUAAAUGAGUGGGAUUAUCCUAUCUUCGAACUUCAACAAAAAGCAGGAAAUUGUAUACUCAGUCAGAUGUGUUAUAAAGUCUUCCUAGAAGUUGGUUUGUUCGAAGCCUUUCGAAUCCCAGAACGAGAGUUUCUUAAUUAUUUUCACGCCUUGGAGACUGGCUACAGGGAGAAGCCGUACCAUAAUUCCAUGCACGCAGCGGACGUAUUACACGGUGUCUACUACCUUACCUCACAACCGGUUCCUGGUUUCAUACAAAUGCCUUCAGAGUCAACGGAUUCUCCCUUACACAAGACUUUAGAGAUUACCAGUGAGAAUGGAAUGCCAGUCUACCGACAGUGUUUUAUUGCUGAUGAUACCUAUGGCAUCAUGGGAGCAAAUUUUCCUGCAUUGGAAUUGAUGGCGCUUUACACUGCGGCUGCAAUGCACGACUACGAUCAUCCAGGCAGAACAAACGCCUUCUUAGUAUCAACAUACGCGCCCCAGGCCGUGCUCUACAAUGACCGCUCUGUACUGGAGAACCAUCACGCUGCUGCCGCUUGGAAUUUGUUCCUGUCGCGACCAGAGUAUAAUUGGCUGUGUCACUUGGACAAGGCCGAGUUUAAAAGGUUCCGGUUUCUUGUCAUAGAAAAUAUCUUAGCCACCGAUUUGAAGAGACAUUUUGAAAUUGUAGCAGAAUUCAAUGCAAAGGUAACAAGACAAAGAGUAUGUAAUCUUCAAUUAUUUCGAUUAAAAAAUUAUUUUUCACUUCUUUUCGUGCAGGGAGACGAAGAGGCCACGUUAGGGCUUACUAUCUCACCUUUCAUGGAUAGGCGAAACCCACAACUCGCGAAACUACAAGAAUCUUUUAUCAACCAUUUGGUGGCUCCACUGUGCAAUGCUUACGGAGAGGCGGGACUUCUCCCAGGCAAAUGGGUGGAAAGCUUCGACAGUGAAGAGGAAGCUGUGUCUGAAGACACUGACCAGAUGGAGAGUUCUGACUUUAAAGAUACUGAAGAUGAACUAGUUGAUAGUGAUGGUGGUGUCAAUAGCGGUAUGUUUUUUAAUUGCCUAGGUACCUCCGGAAAACGACGUCGUGAGUUUCGGUUGAAACCCCGGAAAGUGCAUUGCCUUCAUACGAUUCACUUGGAAGAAAACUACGACUACUGGGUGAAUAUAUUAAAAGAAGAAAAUUACGCCACGGAAGCCAUAAAUUCAGCUCCGACCAAGAAUACAGAAGACUCCUCUACUACAGAGGAAGAAAUGGAAACUAUUCACGAAGAAGUUAGCCAAUUGGCUCCUAAGGUUAAAUAUUAGAGUACUGUCAGCUGAUGUCCCACUGUGCUGGCGCACCAGAGGGCGUCUACUUACUUGAAAAGAUAUGGUUAGUAAUUAAUAUUUGUCUGAGUCACAGUUUUCUCCCGUUUAUGUUUUGUGCCAAACGCUAAAUUACACAUCUUUGAUUCUCCAACGUUAUACAUACGUGCUAUGCUGGGGACACAAGUUUAUAAGAUGAGUUUUUGGAUACAAGCAACCGGUUACAGCAUUAUUAGGUCCUAAAGGCUAAUGAAUGGUGACAGUUAUGUGCCGAUUACACGGGUUUCAGCCUAUUGUUGAGCGUGAACUAAACCAAACUUUAGAGUGCGUAAAAUAACAUACUGAGAAAGACGUAUUCUAGAUUCAAUAUAUUGCCACGCCUCUUACUAUUAUUUUGACCUUCUAAUGUUUGAGUCACGCUCUCCUCUUCCAUCAGUCAUUCCAAUGAUUUAGCUAUUCAUUUUAAACAACGGAAAUUGUGAUAGCCAUUUUUUGGAUGAGUAUUACAGAAAUUGAUUUACAAUUAUCUAUCUCUUAGAAAGAAAACCUAUGUACACGAUCUAAAUUUGUUUUUACUGCUUUUGAUUGUUUAUUAAUAAUUUUAAUACACCCCAAUUGAAAACCAUUUCCAUAAGUGAAAAACGACAGUUCUGUUUAGAUUCAACUAGAUAGAUGACUCUUGUUAAUAUUUGCAAGUAUAUAUUUAACAAAAAUUACUUUUAUUUCAUAAAAAUGUUUUAUUUGUGUCUUUUAUUUUAUUUAUAAGUUUCAUACUUUUGAAAAAAGGACACAAAAGAUCUCCUGAUCAUAUUUCCAAGUGCUGAGGUUUCGUAUUCAACAUUGGAAGAGGGAUAUUUUGCAGACAUUUACGUAAAAUAGCAACAACUAUUUUAGUAACCACCACUGGGUUUCAGGAUAAGAGUCUCCAUACCUAUUUUAUUAUCCUAUGUAUGAAAAACAAACAAGUUUUCUUGUAUGUCAAAACCGUUCAGAACUGGUAUAGUGAUAACCUCAGGACGAUUGAAAUUUGAUACAAUUUUUAGUUUAUUAUAGUUAAAAGUGACGUCAUUAAGAACUUUUAGAAAUUACAGCAUUUAAGCCGUUUAAUACACAAUAAAGUAUUGUUUGCCGGAAAAUUCAGCAUUCUAAAAUCUACCAUAACAUUACCUUUUCAACAAUAAAAAAGAAAAACAACGGUAAAUUAUGUUUUCUAACAUUUGAUAUGAACCUCCACACUAUGACUAGCUGAGAACAGCAGUGUCAGGCUACAUCAUCUCUCAUCAGCCCCAUCUAGGCUCACGAAAAAGAAUAUUAUCCGAAUAAGAUUUUUAUAUCUUUAGGCGUGGAAAACAGUUUGAUGUUAAAUUGAACUUAAAGGCUUGAUAAAUUCAAAUACUAUUUUGCAAUGAAAGAAUGGUCAGGACUGUGUGUACAAGUUAAAUCUACAUCAUAACCUUAUAAAUAAUAGCAAUUUUAUGAAAAACGUAUUGUCAAAUUUUGUUGAAAUAUUGGGUUCUGAACAAUUAAAUAGUUUUCAUUAAUGAAUUUCUAUAAAUAUACCAUUUGUUUGUGUAAAUUCUAUCUAUAUGUUCAAGCUUCAUGUACCCAAACAGAACGCUUUUGCUACUUGGCCGAAGUUGAAGAUGUUGCGGGUUCAUUUUAUACCAAUAUCGACUAUCCAAUAAAUAUAUCAACCAACAGAAAUACUUAGCCUUUGACAUGGUUGAGAAAUUUAACGGAAUUCUGUCACUCGUUGAUUUUUAGACUCCACUGGGUAGAAACUGUGUUACUUUAAAAAAGCACUGGUGUUCUGUAUGACAUUUUAUAUAUAUUUUGGCUUUUAUUAUGACGUUAAACAUUACUUUAUGUCAAUGAUGAACACAUCUGGAUUCUUCAUUUCUUAUGCUAGGGCAUCAAAUUGUAUUUCCCGGAAAAAGACAGUUCUUUGUAAGAAGAUAAAAGUAUCUAAGCGAAAGUCAUUUUGUAUUUCUAUGACUUUUUUUUUAUAUAUCUGAUUUGGUAAUUUUUCAAACGUGCUUGGUUGUAACACUAAUAGAAAAUGAGAUGGUUGUUAGCAUGCUUUCUUUUAACAAACCAACUUUAAACGAGUUCUGGAAUGAGUGAGAUUUUUUAGAACGUGAUGACGUAUAUCUAAAUUCAACUCUGACGAGUGGAUUGAAACAAAACUUAUUAUAAAUGGGUUUUACGUCAUUUUCAAACAGGUGUAUCAUUGUAACACCUCACUGUGAGUGAUAGUAAGAGUUUCACAUUAUGACAGAGAACUAAUCCGAAACAUAAAGUCAUAUUUCUAUAUGUUAAUAGUGUAAUAACAUACUAGUUUAUAAUUCAUCCUCUGUACUGAGAUGAAAUGAGAGACCGGACACGUAACAACUAGAUACCGGUAUUUACUUUUAACAUAAAGAACUUCUAUGUACGUUCCACAUUCCAGUUGGUGAAGACUGCUUUUGUUUAUACAUUUAAAACGAAGAAAUAAUGCAGUAUAUACAAAAGACAUUUAUCUCUAAAACGUUUUAGGAAACAAGCGAGUAAUGUUUAUUAUACACCCGGAGAAGAACCGAAUUCUGUAUUUAACAAGGUAAAGGUAAUACACGAACAAUAUUUGUCAUUGGCUCAGAGGAGAAGCACUAGACACAGGUGAUUACCCGUGAUAUGACGAGAUUAAGGAAAUACAUUGAAAUGAUUGAUAGCAAGAUACUGAUAUUUACAUAUGACGGUAUUCAACAGAAGUGUAAUUCACCUUAGUCGCAUACGGGGAGAAGGAUAAGAAACUAAGGUAAGAUGUAUGGUAUUUCCUUACUGAGAUUAAGUAAGGGAAAGAGUUAUGAUUUUUCACAUCUUAAGGGUUUAAAUAAACAACAUAAAUAAGACACAAAAAAGACAUGAUGCGGACAUUUACAUAUCCAUAGCGUGUCUUUAAAAACGUUAAUUAACCAUAAAUUUCGUUCUAUUGGGUUUUAUUGAUGAAUCGAUAGAUGUAGAAUUCAAACAAUAAAUAUAUUCAGAAUUUAAUUGCAGCUGUAUUUUGUAACGAAACUUGUUUUCGGAUUAAGUGUUAAAAGUAAAAAACAUGGUACUUUAUUUACGACAAAAUGCAUUUUCUUCUUUAACCUAUUACCCUACAUAAGAGUUUAAGUUGUACUAACGCUAUGAUAACUGUUCUAAUACAUGACGGAUUGGUAAGAAAGUGUCAUUUAUAUUUCUAAGUUAGAUAAGUUCUUAAUAUUUUACCUUAUCUAAGUUUAUACAAACAUUUAUGACUAUUAUGGCUAAGAAGACUUGUGAAUACCGUUACUACUGCACUGAUUAAGGAUGUAAACUGUUUAAAUAAGAUGUUUAUUUCUGAAAUAACAGUUAUGGAAAAGUUAAUGUGCUAGCACAAUUUGUAUUCAAAAAUUAAUGGAAGGUUACAUGUGUUCAAAUUAAAUGUCAGUAUUCAAAGUUUGUUACAAAAAUUAUCAGCUUUUACUUGUAAUAUACAGAACAAGAGAAGAUUAAAUUAGAAGGUACUUCUCAAGUGUCGUGUUGAGUUACAAAUUAAAAACGUAGCAUUUAGAAAACUAGGCUUUUUCUUUAAAAUUAUAGUUUUUUCUUUACUGAAAAACAGCGUCAACGUUAAAAAAGAAAAACUUUGUGGUUGGUAGAAAGAACGACAUUAUUACACAUCUGAAAAGAAACGUAAAUAUACUAAAAUAAGUAUAAAAUAGUUUGACAUUUUUUAUAAAGUAAAAAUCAUACCAUUUAUUGAGAAAAUAUUAAAAUACGUUAACACUUGUUUCUUGUCAGAAAAAGGUUGUGAUACACUACGUACCAAUUACUGCUAUUAACAAUACUUUCGAAACAGUUUUGUUUCGUUGAUAUUCUGUUUUGAUUUCAGUUCAUUGUAUCUCUUUGAGCAUUUAAUUUGUAUUGAUUGUAGGCUGUUUUUUACUUCACUCACUGUUAUAUCGAUUCAGACCGAUAAAAUAUUUAAAAACAACAUAUUCAGCUUCGUAAAAUUCCACUUUCUCAUAAAUUAUUCUUUGGAUAUAAUUCAGUUACAAUUUUUCUGUUAACUAAUUUUGGUUAAAAUCUAUAACAAUUUCCCUCUACCAUUUAGGGUUCUUAAUUGACCAUUAAAAAAAUAUUUGUUUCAAAUUCGUUAAACUAGAGUAUUUCUUUUGUACAUAUUAGAAACUAUAAAUGCUAUCUCUAGUAUGAGUCUGUCAUAUUUUAAUAAUCCUUAUAGUGAGAAUGUAUAUUAGUGUGUUUGUACGUGCAUAUAUUUAAAUUAUUGUUGAGAAUCUCUUCGUAAUGUUGUUAGCAUAGAUAUCCAUAAUGUAUUACAACUUAUGUUAAGCCUAAUUUGUCUUCAUAUUAGGUUAGACAAUAUCACUAUUAUUUUUUCUUUCUGGGGAUCAGUAUAGAGUUAGAGUAAAAUAUGUUAUUUUCCUUCACUUGUAAAUUUCAGUCAUGAAAGUAUUGCUAUUACUUAGUACUACACAACUUAAGUUCCUUCUCUCUUUUUCUUCAAUAAUUUAAUCUACUCCAUCUACUAAUAGAUUUUCAAUUACUCAAAAACUUCUUACGGGUAAUUAAAUAAAAAUAUUUUUAUUUUGGGAAACUUAACUCCUCUUUUUCAUUUCCAAACCGUAAAUUAUCUAGCACGUCGAACGUUGUAGAUAACUGUAUAACAAAUGUACGUUAUUUUGUCAUUAAAGGUAAGCUGAAGAGUACCAUCAGGUUAUUCACGAUGAUAAACUCAUUAUCAGGAGACUCGUGUUGAAUUGUCACGAUUGAGUAGCCUUAGAUAUAGUGAAAGAACUGUAUUGUAAUUUUUUUGUUUGUUUCACAUACCCAAGGGUGUAGUUGAAUGUUUAUAAUUCCUUUCAAACGAUAUAUAAUUUAAUCCUAAAAUCAUGAGUCAGACGUACAAAAAUUGAAAUGUUUAGGUUUCAACGUUAGGGGUCGAUCUCUUGGUUUGAAAAACGCAAUAAAACUCCAAAAAUAUUUUAGUAUUGAGGAAUUUUUUUUCCGAAGCAAGGCUAUUUGUGUACAGGGCCAUUCCGUUUUGGUCUUGAUUUGGUUUUCAAGAUAUUCAUAAGAUCGAGUACAUUGCGCAUCGAUGGUUGAGGCCUGAUCAAUCAUAUCUAAGUUUGUCGAUCACUCAACGAUCUAAAACAAUGAAAUUGUUCAAAAUGAGAAGAACAAAGUAUCAUAUUCUUAAUAUUCCUUCUGUUUCACAAUUUUCUCGCACUUUUUUUAAACUGGGUCCUAACAUUUUGGGAUAACCUCUCUCUCUUCCUGAAAUCCAAACGUUUACGUUUCAUUGAAAUAUCGCACUUUCCAAAGUCAUAGUUGCGGUGACUAGGUAAUUAUGACUUCUUCCCAUGCAUAUGACUAGUUUAGAACCAAAAUCAGGUUUCUUAUAAGUGGAUUACUUUGUAAAAGGCAAUGGACUUUCGCCAAAAUCUUGAUACACAUGGAGAGGAAAAACUCAUUUUCAAAUAAUGAUUUCCCUUCAAGAGGUGAACCAAUGAGCACAAAAGUUGUGUUUUUCGAAAGUUUUAAUACUCAAUUAUCGUGAAAGGGUAAUUUUGAUGCUUUUUAUCCUUAACCAGAUGUUGUGAUAACCAAAACAUUCACUAGUUUUUGUACGAUCGACUACCGAUUUUAGAGUGAAAAAAAUCUGUCUAUUGAAAUAUAUUUGUUAAAUAUCAUAAUAUAGCUUACAAAAGUAGGAAAAUAAUAGCAAU